UUACUUGCUUUAGUGGCUGUGGCUCCCUAAUUAAUUGCAGCUAUCUGUCUCCUAUCGAUGUGUGUGUACAUGUGUGUUGUGUGUGUGUUUCCUUUUUUCUCCCCAAACCGAACAUGAAAUAGUUUGUUGGGCUAUACUUUCUUUCUUCCUAUCUAUCCCCCCUUCCUUCCUUCCCGUCCUGGUUCGCAGGCAGAGACAGGACAGAUUGAAACCCAGCUGUGAUCGUCGCUUUUGGUCGUUGCCAUUUUCCCCCCUUAUUGCCCGGUGAUGUUGGAUAUGGGAGAGCGCAAAGAGGUGAAAAUGAUUCCUAAAUCGUCGUUUAGUAUAAACAGUUUGGUGCCCGAGGCCGUUCAAAGCGACAACAACAAUCACCAGAACCAGCAUCACCACCAAAACCACCUUCACCACCACCACCAGAACCACCACCACCGGCCCGGCGCCGCGGACGAAGCCGAGCAGAAAGCUCCUCUUCCCGUCGCGCAGCCGGACGUUAAGGCGGACUCUAAAAGUGACUCCUCGAGACAGGAGAGCUGCCCGGACGAGAAGGAGAAGCAGGAAGAGAAAAAGGACGCAAAGGACGGAGACGGCGGCGCUGGAGGGAAGGACGGAGAGAAGAAAAGCGGCAAGUAUGAAAAACCUCCUUUUAGUUAUAACGCUUUGAUAAUGAUGGCCAUCAGACAGAGUCCGGAGAAGCGGCUCACUCUGAACGGCAUUUAUGAAUUCAUCAUGAAAAACUUCCCGUACUACCGGGAGAACAAACAAGGCUGGCAGAAUUCCAUCCGACACAAUCUCAGCCUCAAUAAAUGCUUCGUCAAGGUGCCGCGGCACUACGACGACCCGGGCAAGGGGAACUACUGGAUGCUGGACCCUAGCAGCGACGACGUUUUCAUCGGCGGCACUACCGGGAAACUCCGACGGAGGUCCACCACGUCCCGAGCCAAGCUGGCCUUCAAGCGGGGUGCUCGGCUGACCUCUGGGCUGACCUUCAUGGACCGAGCCGGCUCCCUGUACUGGCCCAUGUCCCCCUUCCUCUCGCUACACCACCCGCGGGCAGGCGGCGCCCUCGGCUACAACGGGACCUCAUCGGGAUACCCGGGUCAUCCCAUGUCCUACAGCACCAUGCUCACCCAGAACAUGAGCAACAACCACUCGUCAUUCCCAUCCUCCAACGGGCUCAGCAUGGACCGGCUGGUCGGGGGGGAUCUCCCCUACGCGACGCACCACCUGACAGCGGCGGCCCUGGCGGCCUCGGCGGUACCCUGCGGCCUCUCCGUGCCUUGCUCCGGGGCCACUUACUCCCUGAACCCCUGCUCGGUGAAUCUACUGGCCGGACAGACCAGUUACUUUUUCCCUCAUGUCCCACACCCGUCCAUGACCACGCAGUCCGGCGGCAGCGGCGGCACCUUGCAGGCCGCCCGGGCUUCGGCCUCCAAUUCCCCGCAGGCUCCGUCCUCCUCCUCGCUGCCCUGUGACUCUCUUAGGCCCGCUCUGUCCGGCUCUCUGCCGGCCUUCUCCUCAGGACUUUCCGGGGGGUUGUCUGACUAUUUUACGCAUCAGAACCAGAGUUCAACCUCCAACCCGCUUAUACACUAACACCCCAAACCCUCACCCCCAGCCUCACCCCUCCACUUUAUCCCACCUCACCUCUCCAUCCAUGCAUCCAUCCCCUCAUUCUGCCCUGAAGGAGUGAGAAUCUUUAAGUGACUGGAACUGUAAGUUGAACAUUUUACACUGAACAUUUACAUUGUACAAAAAAUGACAAAAUUAUUAUAAACUACCUACUAUAGAAAAAAGAG